GUUAGUCGGUACGCGAACCUUGUAUCAGCGUACUAGUUGGAUGUGCCCCCGCGUUUGUUGCUGCAAAUGCUCCGUUGGGAAGUGAUUCUACUUGGCUUACCGGUCCGAAAUCGUCUAAGCCUUAGGUUUCCUCCACCCUUGUCUCUUCGACUUAAAGGUCACAUAGCCGUAUUCAUCAUCUACUCGUAGAAUCAAGAAACUGGCUCCCGCUGGAUUGAAGUCCUUGAACCAUGGCGUCUGCAAAAGCUUCUCUGGACACACUCCCCGAGGAGCUAAUCCUUACAAUUAUGGACUUCCUUGACGACAUCCAACCCCUCCUCGCCCUCAAUGCAACAACCCACCGCCUGCACCGCCUCACCCUCUCACGCCUCUACAACCGCUUCCCCGGCCGCAACUCCGAGCUCUUCCUACGCACAAUCUCCCACUCACCACAACUUGCCAAAUACACCAAGUCCACAGUAUGGCACCAAGAGCGCAAGACGGUGCCGAGGAUUGAUAUGCUCGAAAAACGGCAUGUCGUCACGAGGCUGAAUCAGCUCGCAGUCCCCCACGGUACAGAUCUAGCCGAGCAGUUUGCCAAGUUCGGGAAGAGCGAUGAUUACUGGUACAUGGAGGUUUUGCUUCUGUUUAUGCCGAAUUUGGAAAGUGUGGAGGUGAGAGAGAGUUGGCUGUGGGAUGAUCAUCAUUAUUGGUUUAAGAGUGCGAGUCCGUUUUUUAAUCCGUUGUGUGAGAGUAGGCUGAAGAGUGCAACACUGUAUGGGCCGCUGAGGAUCGAGAAUGUGGUUCCGCUACUGACGAUUCCAAGUUUGAGGAGGUUGAAGUGUAGCCAGGUGGUUGUUAUGCGGAGAGAGGGGUUUAAGGUGUUUCAGUGGGGGGUGUGGCCUGUUGAGCGUGUGCUGCCUGAAGGGGCGUCGAAUCUUGAGCACCUUGCGCUGGAGGAGAGUUGUAUUGAUUUGGAGAAUCUGAUGCCGAUUAUGAGCGGAAUCAAGGCGCUGAAGUCGUUUGCGUACGAACACAUGCCCAACGACCUCGCCGAUGAGGCUUCGCGGGUCGACCACAUCAACAGUGCAGCACUCUCGUCUUGCCUCAAGACACAGCGCGCGUCGCUCGAAUACAUCCGCAUCCGAGACACGCAACAACACGAGUGGUCGAUGACAAAUUUCUUGUUUGGCCCCAAUGCCAAUGGUGAAGGGGGUCGAAAUGACAGAACGGACUUCCCGAACCUGCACACCCUCGACAUCGGCCCCCUUUUUUCAGAACGGUUCGAGCACAAAAGCAGUCUCGAGGAGGAAGUCAGGGCACUGGCAACUGAGUCGCUGCCCUCUUUGAAAACCAUCAGGUUCAUGAUUGAUGCGAACUUCUUUACGAAUAUCGCACUCGAAAACUUCCUGAGAGCCUUUGCACAUACACUUGCGUCUGAGCGCCCCGGAAUGGAGGUUGUUGAGCUUGUGGGCUGGGAUCCAAUGUUGGGCUGGUUUCCUGACAAUCUGCCGGCACUGCAAGAGGUGUAUGCCCAUUCAGGCUUGCGGUUAGGUUCGGUGUGUGGAGACAUACUCGACAUUCAUGGGGCAGAACCGCUGCUUAUAAACGAAGACACUGAGCCAGACUGGGUUGUGGUUACGGAUUUGAGGCUGAGUAGCAGAGAUUGAAA